UCCAUUAUUUAGGAUUGAUGUCCCAUAUGCCGGAGGCGACCUCAAGCUGUAUCGGCCAAUCUAAGACGCCCCAUGUAAGCCUGGAAGCCUAGAGCCUAGAGUUUCCGAUGCUGGUUAAGCCCACUCAGUAAACAGCGAUGCCUUCUAAGGUCUCCUGUUUGUACUUGCUGACAGUGGUUUGCUGGGCCAGUGCUCUAUGGUAUCUGAGUGUGUCCCGCCCAUCCACCUCUUAUGUGGGUCAGCUGAGUAUCCCGAUUCGCAAGGCACCCAAGCUCAACAAAAACACCACCUUUGGCAACUACCGCUCUCGGUCUUUGAAUCCGCAUGACUUUGGGUACCUCAUCAAUGACGCCAAGAAAUGUGAGGCGGAGACCCCUUUUCUUGUCAUUCUAAUAAGCACCACUCACAAGGAAUUUGAUGCACGGCAGGCCAUAAGAGAGACGUGGGGUGAUGAAAGUACAUUUCCUGAUGUGCGCGUGGUCACGCUCUUCUUGUUGGGUCGCAGCACAGAUGCUGUCCUAAACCACAUGGUGGAGCAGGAGAGCCAAAUCUUUCAUGACAUUGUAGUUGAGGAUUUUAUUGACUCUUACCACAACCUGACGCUGAAGACGCUGAUGGGGAUGCGCUGGGUGGCCACCUAUUGCUCUAAAGCCCAAUAUGUUCUCAAGACAGACAGUGAUAUAUUUGUCAAUAUGGAGAACCUCAUCUACAACCUCCUGAAGCCCACCACCAAGCCCAGGAGGAGAUAUUUUACCGGUUAUGUCAUCAAUGGUGGGCCAAUCAGAGACAUGCGAAGCAAGUGGUACAUGCCGAGAGACUUGUACCCAGACAGCAAGUACCCACCAUUUUGCUCUGGCACUGGCUAUGUGUUCUCGGCAGAUGUAGCCGAGCUUAUCUACCAAACCUCACUGCACACCAGGCUUCUACAUCUUGAGGAUGUGUAUGUGGGUGUGUGUUUGCGUAAGCUGGGGAUCCACCCAUUCCAAAACAGUGGGUUCAACCACUGGAAAAUGGCGUACAGCCUCUGCCGCUACCGCCGAGUUGUCACUGUCCACCAGAUCUCCCCCGAGGAAAUGCACCGCAUAUGGAACGACAUGACCAGCAAGAAACACCUUAAAUGUUAGCAGGACUCCUCCAGCCUCACUCUGUGAGUCAUGGAGCUAUUGAUUGACCUUCUAUCACCUGCAUUUCCAACAUUAGCAAACACUGUACAGCACAAAGCACUGCGCUGAAAGGAGAGAAUUGACCGACUAGUCACUGCUUUGUCCAAAUGCGGAUUGCUUUGCCAGGAGUUUAUUUAGUACAAACUCAAGCAUGCCCGUUUUUAUCCACCAUCUUUUGAAGUGUUUUCAAGUGUAUCCAGCCUUGCCCACUCGCUUGUACGGCAGAAGGUAAUGAGCAUCAUGCCUUCUUUUUAAUCACCAAAAUUAUUAACUGUCAUCAAUGACCAGGAUUGGCUCAAUACCAAUACAGGUCUUUGAAAUCAUUGUAUUUGCCAUUUAGAUUGAUCUCAAGUUGUACUGAAUGUUCCUUUAUCUUCUGUUGUACUAAAGCCAAGUUUCCACCAAGUUCCAUCAGUUCGUGGCAGGUUAUGUUGCUCUGUCAACCAAUUAAUGAAAGGCAGAAAAACCUCUUAUGUAACCAUAUCACUGAAGUUGGUGUCUCGACAAAUAGGUGCCAAAAAGUAGUACUAUACAGAUUAGUUAUUUUUGUACUUAUCACAACUUUUAUGACAGACUUGAACCAAAAAAAAAACACUGCUUGGUGGAAACAGGGCAGCAGCAGGCCUUGUUGUGGGUACCACAAUGACUUAACGGUGAAAUUACUAAAUGACUCGUCUAGGGAAAAAUGAUGAAUAAA